AUGACGAGUACUUCGUCGCAACGUGACAGGGAACACCAUCGAGCUGGCGUUGAAGAUAAACCCUCUGUCUUAAUUGUCAAGCAGGGUUUCAUGCUGAACUAUAUGUUUGGCAAGGCUCGCAGGCGACAGGUUGACCGAGGAGCGGCCAACUCCCGACUACGGGUUUCUGCGCUGGGAGCAGCAAAGGCCAACCUUGGGCUCGCGGCACGAGAAUUCUCGCCCUUGGUAAUUACGGUAAUCCACAAUUGCCUGAGAUGUUUUUGCACGAAGCCGAAGAUGAUCCAACCGUUAAUGGGAAAUUUCCCUGAAUCCCGAGUGAACAUUGUCGCACCGUUCGAGUUGACUGGCGUCGAUUAUGCUGGGCCAAUUUCAGUGAAGGAGGACAAGUAUAAACCAAGGAUCGUGAAGGCGUACAUCGCUUUAUUCGUGUGCCUAGUCUCGAAGGCGAUUCACCUCAAACUUGUGUCAGACUUGUCAUCGGAAGCAUUCCUGGCCGCACUAGACCGCUUUAUCAAUAGACGGGGAAAGGUGCGCAGAAUAUUUUCUGACAACGGAACCAACUUUGUUGGCGCAUCCAAGCAGCUGCGCCAACUACGGGCCAUAUUCGAUAGUGAAACUACGAAGGCCAAUAUAAAUGAUUUUCUACUACGCCGUGAAGUGGAAUGGGAGUUCAUUCCACCGAGAUCGCCUAACUUCGGAGGAUUAUGGGAAGCCGGAGUAAAGGUGGUAAAACUACAUUUAGCCAGAACUCUGGGAAACGUGACCUUGACCAUUGAAAAGUUCUAUACCGUGCUGACUCAUGUUGAGUCAAUCGUCAACUCCCGACCAUUGUACUCUUCGUCUGUUGAUCCGAAUGAUCCACAACCGAUAUCUCCAGCCCAUCUGAUGUUUGGUAGGCCUUUGGAGCCGAUACCCAAACCAUAUUAUGCGGACAUUCCGGCCAAUCGUUUGACGCGAUGGCAGUGCCUCAAUCAGCUGCGAGAUUGA